AAUACCAUUCCUCAAAUAUAUUCCAUCCCUCCGUCUCUCAAGUAAGCCUUUAUUAGUUGGGAUGGUUUGGAUCUUAUCUCUCAUAGAAGCCGCGUGCUGGACUCGAGAACGUUCGGAAAACACAGAAGUGGAAAGGACGGGAUUAUCUUUCGGCUUUUCAAUGCACUGACUACUGGCACACGGUGCACGGGGGCCUUUCUUAUCACGGUCAUCUCCAUCAACAAGAACGGACAAACAUCUGCACUUUCAGCGAGAUCUUAUCGACACAACAAUCUAUUGUUUCCCAGCCGGGUGUUCACAAGGCACAAUAUUUUUUUUAUCCUCAGAAAUAUUUAUCACAUAAUCGUUAACUAUACUAUCAUCUAUACUAUCAUCUUCCCAACGAAGUGAUAUACCUCAACUUGAAAUUAAAUGGUUCGGAGAUAAACAAAAUUUUAUGGUUGAUUCGACUGUUCAAAAUCUCCAAAAGUAAACAGCAAUUCAUUUCUUAAGGCUGUCAACAGUAGCCUAUAAUUCAUGUCAUGAAUUGGACUAAAUAAAAUGGUUUGUGAAAAAAAACUAAGGGAAGCACAGAGUUAAUUUGGAGUUGGAGUUUACUCCAACAGCUAUCAAGAAUCAUCAGACAGUUGUGUCUCUCAACUGUUUGUCAAGCUCUUUUUGGAUACGAACUGAUAAACAUAUGAAAAGACUGAAAAUGAUGCUGAGUCCAGACCAAGCUGAUUCCGACCUCGGAUGGGGACAAUCCGACGCAGAGUCAGUGCUCAACGACCUCAAGGUCGGGUGCCUGUCCGACGAACCAAUGGAGGGGGAGGGGAAGACGAGGUCGCUGGCCCAACCGACCCUCAGCAGGGAGGAGAAGAGACGGAGGAGACGUGCGACGGCCAAGUACCGCUCGGCCCACGCCACGCGCGAGAGGAUCCGCGUGGAAGCGUUCAAUGUGGCCUUCGCUGAACUGAGAAAGUUGCUGCCAACCCUUCCCCCUGACAAGAAACUCUCCAAGAUCGAGAUCCUUAGACUUGCAAUAUGCUAUAUCUCCUAUCUCAAUCACGUUCUGGAUGUCUAGUUGAAAUUAGUGAGAUACAUUUUCAAAUGGGAGAAUUGGACAAGGAGAAUGGAGGGACCAGAAAGAAAUAUGGGUGACAUGUCACUGGUGAAAUCGGGGAUACAUGAAAGUUGCCAGAAAGUACAAAAAAAUGGGGGAGAGAAGGAGUCUGCAUCCUACAACCUACUUAUCCAUGAUUUUGAAGAAAAUGCCUGUUUGAUAUUGCGUUUUGGUGAGGCUGGGUAACCCAGAUGAACGAAGGAAUGGAUGUAAACGGAAUGAUAUAGCUGCUUUAUAGACAUAGCAUAGUUGAUGUUUCCAUAAAGGAGAACAAGUUCAAAUGCAUUAGUGCCACUUAUGACGCAUACAAUUGUGACCUUCAUCAUUGUUAUUUAAGUUUAUGGAAUUAUUUAUUUAAAUGUGUUAAUAUUAAGGUUAUCUUAUUUAUUUAUGUUUAUAAUAGACUAACGUCUUUUAUGUAAAUGUCCAUUGUUUGUAUCAUUGUAUACAUGUAUAUUUUAGGCUGUGAUGUCGAACUUCGAAAAGGAAGUUGUUGCUCUUCAAAUGGCACUUUCUGUUUUUGUAUUAUACGUAGUUUUCUAUUGAGUUAGUACGUUACGUGUAAUGUACUGUUAUUCACGUCAUGUCUAUUGUCUAUCAGGCUAAACGAUAAGCACUUAAUCAUGUUGGGUUAAGUAAACUCAUAAAACGUCAAACUUCGUUUAGUUCCCUUAAGUGUAAAGGGGAAGGAAGUUAAUCAAAACUUAACAAUACACUGAAAACGAAUUAGCCUACUAAAGAAAAACAUACACACAAUUUCAAUUCGACUAACCGGAUAUAUAAAGCAAAAAUAUAAUUGAAUGACAUCGUUUGUGUUGAUAUCACUUUACAAUUCAGAGGCAAACCUCUUUUGCUGUGACCAAAAAUAAUUUCAAAUUAGUCUGAUUUCUAUUAAAUGUUUUUAUUUCGUUAAAAGCUAGAGGUGUUUAUUUAUAUAUCUGUCUCUGCUUUGUAUCUCAAAAAACACAAUAAGUAAUUUUAUAGCGAAGAAAAACAUAUCUUCUAUCCAAAGAUUUUUUGUCUCUUCAGGGUUGUGUACUUGUUGCUUUAUGCAGAUAUUUUGUAGUAGAGUUAUUGUGACAGCUGGUUUUUAAUGAACGCAUUUUUUAUAUUUUCCGGUGGUGUUUUUUGAUUAAAAAAAGGAAAGAAAUACAUGCUA